AUGGCUUCUGGAGGCGAAGAUCUAUGGCACGAGUGCGCGUCUUGGCUGACGAGAUGUGGCUUGCUACGUCCCGACCAUAAGGCAAAUUGGGAAAACAGUUCAAUUCAUGAUCUGGCAUACACCUUGCGUGAUGGAGUGCUUCUGUGCAAUCUCUUGAAUGUGCUACACCCCAGCUGUAUCGACAUGAAGGAUGUUAACCAGCGACCGCAGAUGGCACAGUUUCUGUGCAUGCGCAACAUCAAAGUGUUCCUGCGGACAUGUCACGAGGUGUUCGAACUACGAGAGACGGACUUGUUCGACCCAUCCAUGCUCUUCGACCUGUCCAACUUCCAUCGUGUACUCUGCACGCUGGCCAAACUCAGCCAAUGUCCUAAAGCUCUCACUAAGAACAUCAAACCGUUCUCAGCGCACCGAACACAAUCCGAAGAGGAUAUUUACAAAGACCUGCAGUCUGUUAGCGCGUGUGCCACGCUCGAGCCGCCGCCAUACAGCAGCGACAUGGAAAUUAGCCCAGCUCAUCCCGCUACUUCACAUGAAGUCCCAUGGGUCCAAUUCACGAUCCCGAGUGCAACAUGCGAAGAUCGUGUCGAAGAAAUCUACGAGGAUCUGUGUUAUGUGAAGUUCACAUCGGCCACGCCAGAGGUUUCGAGACGUUUCGAAUUAUUUUAA